AUGAACGGGUAUCAUAACGUGAAUAGUAUCAGUGCUUUGGCUCAGCAGCAGUCGCAGCAAAAUAGGGUCAAAGUUGGAGUGAGAAACUGGCAGAAUGGGAGUGUGCAGGAUCUCAUGAACUUUUUGAGUCGUAAUACUCGUAUUGCAAUGACUGAUGCGAAUGUUGAGGGACCAUUAGUCACUGGUUAUGUGCAAAAUAGGACUGAUGCAGAUGCUUUAAUGCGUUGGAAUGGUAUCAGGUUUGCAGGCCAAAAUCUGAAGAUAGAGAUCUUAGAGGAUAGUAAUGGUGGAACUUCUAAUACGAUUAUGCUUUUGAAGAAUUUCUUGUAUAGAAGAUACAACGCACAGGCUAAGAUGUUAGAUUUGGGGAAUUUGCAUGCAGACCCCGAUUUGGUGCAGAAAGGUUUGUUUUCUUCAAUAUCUACACAAUCCAAGAUGUUCCCAGCUUUGAUGAAAUUGGCCUCUAAGGAACCACAAAUGGUUGUAGAGAGUAUUAAUCUGUCAGAUAACAAUUUAAAAGACGUCUCUGGUAUCACUACUUUGGCACAAAGCUUCCCGAAUCUGAAAAAUCUAUGCUUGGCCAACAAUCAAAUUGCAAGAUUUAGAAGUUUAGAAGUUUGGAAGAAUAAAUUCAAGGACCUUAGAGAGUUACUUAUGACUAAUAACCCUAUUACCAACGAUAAGCUCUAUCGUUCCGAAAUGCUAAGACUUUUCCCCAAGCUUGUCAUACUGGACAGUGUCAUUGUUAGAGAUGAACAAAAGCUGAAUGUGAUAUAUUCUCUGCCAAUGAAACUUCAACAGUUCUUCUUCGAGACAAACGACUUAGGAUCCUCAUCCACAGAUUUCGUUGCCAACUUCUUAAACUUUUGGGAUUCUGACCGAACACAACUAUUACCACUAUACACUCCACAGUCACAGUUCUCCCUCUCGGUCGACUCUUCUAUGCCCCCUUCGUCUGUGGCAGACUCGGAUCAAAAUCCAUCUUUUGGCUACUAUCUGUCGUCAUCAAGGAACAUUAGUAAAGUUUCGAGCGAGAAAUCAAUUCAACAACGGUUAUCUCUGGGGCCUGAGACAAUAAACAACGCUUUCAAGUCAAUCCCACGGACGAAACAUCACAUACAGGAUAGACCAAACGAAUACUCCAUGCAAGUUAUUUCGUACCCGCAGGUUAAUGGUUUCAUAAUAACACUGCAUGGCUUCUUCGAAGAGACUGAGAAACCCGAAGUCGAUGCAUAUAACAAGUCAAAUGGACCCACAAGGACAAGACGGUUCAAUCAUGGUCAUAAUACUUCAAACAAUAGACUAUCAAAAAAAUCCUUUGACAGAACCUGGGUGAUAGUUCCCACCGGAAACGGUGUGGUAAUAGCCUCAGAUUUACUGGCAAUCAGACCGUUCACAAGCGCUGCAUGGGUUUUGGAAUCUCAGCAACCAGUCACGAAUACUUCAUCUAUAUCAAACUCAUCUGGUGUGAAUCCUGCCGCAAAUACUCCACCAUUUGCAUCGCCUGUACCUGGGGCUAUCGGCACUGCAGGCGCGCCAACUGCUGGUGCACUUGGAACUCCUGUUAUACAACCUAAUAAUCCAGCAAUGCCACUGAACGGUGGAGCCGUACCUCAGAUUGCUCCCACAUUGCAACUUCCGCCAGAUGUUCAAUCCCGUCUGAACCCUGUUCAACUUGAACUAUUAAACAAGCUGCAUUUAGAGACAAAAUUAAAUGCUGAGUAUACAUACAUUUUGGCAGAACAAAGUGGAUGGAAUUAUGAAGUGGCCAUUAAAGGUUUUCAGAGUAGUCUCAACAAUUUGCCCAGAGAAGCUUUCAUUCAAUGA